GAAUCAAAGUCCUCAGAUGAGCUCUGCUGUUGGAGUAAAGCAGCUCUUAUACCAUGACUCCACUCUUCUUUCUCACAGCUCUGCUGCUCUGGCCUGACACAGUUCAUGCAUUUCGCAGCGCACUGAAUGAUUUCCAGCGAUCCGAGGGGAGAGAGCUGGUCCUGAAAUCCUGGAACGUCAACCGUCUGACUGAAUUUCCAGGAAUCACUUUGGAGGAUUGUGCUAAACGUUGCACAGAGAGUCCAGAAUGCAGAGCUUUUAAUUAUGAGUUUCGUCCAUCUUUGGUGUGUAAACAUCUGCCCUGGGUGGGCGACGGAGACAAUGCAGAUGUCAAGAGAAACGUGAACUGUGACCUUUAUGAGAUGAAAGUCUAUGUAAGGAAGUGCAUUGUGGGUAAAGGAGAAGACUAUCGAGGGAAAGUGUCGACGACUAAGAGUGGACGAACAUGUCAACAGUGGUGGUCCAAAUUCCCUCAUGAUCACAGAUGGACUCCGUCUGCUACUAAUGGCCUGGAGCUCAACUAUUGUCGUAAUCCGGACGGCGACCGCAUCGGACCCUGGUGUUACACCACUGACCCUGAACGCAGAUAUGAGAGCUGCGACAUUCCCCAGUGCAAAGACGAGGUGUGCAUCACUUGUAAUGGAGAAGACUACAGAGGUCAGGUGGAUCACACAGUGAGCGGGAAAGAGUGUCAGAGAUGGGACCAACAGUAUCCGCAUCAACACAUCUACCAGCCAGAGAAGUAUCCUGAUAAAAGUUUGGAUGAUAAUUAUUGCCGUAACCCGGAUGCGUCUCCGGUGCCCUGGUGCUACACCACUGACCCGACGAUGGAGAGAGAGAGCUGUGAUAUACGCAAGUGCCCUGAGUCUCCCAAGCGCCGUUUUCGCUCCGGCUACACCACUAAUUGUUUCCGGGGUCGUGGAGAAGAUUACAGGGGCAAAGUCAACGAAACAACCUCUGGAAUCCCCUGUCAGCGCUGGGACGCCCAGAAACCCCACAAACACCCUUUUUUCCCCAAAACCUACGAGUGCAAGGGUCUGGAGGAGAACUACUGUCGUAACCCGGACGGUUCAGAGGCGCCCUGGUGUUUCACGUCUCUCUCUGAGAUGAGGACGGCUCUCUGCCUGCAGAUCAAACGCUGUGCUGAUGACAUUGAGGCUGAAGAUUGCUAUAAUGAAAUUGGCAGAAACUAUCGGGGUGUUGUCCGCAAGACACGUAAAGGUAUUCUCUGCCAGAAAUGGAGCGUCAAUACACCUCACAAAACCAAGAUAAACCCCAAAACACACCCAGAGGCCAACCUGACUGACAACUACUGCAGAAACCCUGACGGAGACCAUCACGGGCCCUGGUGCUACACCACUGACCCCAAGACUGAGUUUGACUACUGUGCCAUCAAGCAGUGUGCUGGAGAGAAAGUGCCAAUCAUCGGGCCAACAACGGAGGUUGUGUUUAACGAGUGUGGGAAGCGGGACGACCGGACUGUGAAGAGCAGGUUAAGAAUAGUGGGCGGCACACCUGGAAACUCUCCCUGGACCGUCAGCCUUCGAGACCGGAAAGGAAAUCACUUCUGUGGAGGUUCUCUGGUCAAUUCCAAAUGGGUGAUCAGCACUAAACAAUGCUUCUCAUCCUGUUAUGUGGACCUCACGGGAUACAGUGCUACGAUGGGCACCUUGUUCCGUGAUCCAAAGGAAGGUGAACCGGACAGACAAACCAUUCCUCUCACCAAGAUCGUCUGUGGUCCUUCUGAAUCCCACCUGGUCAUGCUUCAGCUAGAAACUCCUGCUCAGUUUAAUGAGCGCGUGUCUCAAAUAUGUCUGCCUCCUGAGCGCUACAUCGUUCCAGAGGGAACCAUCUGUGAAAUCGCUGGUUGGGGAGAAACAAAAGGAAAGGGGGAUGAGACUGUACUGAAUGUGGCUCAGAUGCCUGUACUGAGCAAUAAAGACUGUAACCCAUAUUUCAAGGGCCGUGUCCGUGAGAAUGAGAUGUGCACUAUGCCAUUCGUGGCCGGAGUUGGCGCCUGUGAGAGAGACUAUGGCGGCCCUCUGGCCUGUCAGAACAGUGACUGUUGGGUUCUAGAGGGAGUCAUCAUACCAAUGCGCCGCUGCGGACACGCCGGCCAACCAAACAUCUUCAUCCGUGUGUCUUUUUAUGUGGAUUGGAUCAAGAAGGUCAUGGAGAUGACCUGACGACAGAAAAACGUACAUUGUAACAUGUGACAGCACGUCUUUUAGCAUACGUUUCAAACUGCUCAAUCUUCUAUAAGCUAUAAAUAUAUUAAGUAGUUGGAAUGUAAUAUACGUAAAAAAUACUGUUUUAUAAAAUUAUGUAUGCUUUUUUGUAACAUUCUGUAUUGGGGUUUAAUUUACAUAAUAUGUAUGCUUGCAUUUGUGAAAUAUAUAGAUAUACAGGUGCACAUAUAUUUACACUAAACCUGAAAUCAGUCUGAGCUAUAUAGAAUUUUUUA